UUAAGACUGCUAUUUUGGGUUUAAUGUACGCUGUUGGUUCGUAUACAACAUGUAUUAUGUACCGCUCGAGAUUUGGUGUUGGUGCGUUAUGGAGAAAUUGUAUGUAUAAACACCGCAUUCACAUAAUGCUGCGCCUCUGUCUGUGUAAUGCAUGUGUAUUUACUGACAUUUUGGUACAGUCAGUGAGGAUACAUUGAUGCCACAUUACCCGGAGUUUGUGGUAGGUUAACCUUAACCGCAUCACUCUUUAGCUUGGGCUAGCAGCUCCGUGCUAGCGCAGCAAAUGUGUUGAGAGGUGGCAGUUUUUGACAAACAAUGGGAACUGCUCUGAGAAGUCGUACUAUCUCGGCCUUAUCUGAGUAUGUGGCCUUCACUUGUCCGACAUCCUCCCUGGAUGUGCGGCAUGUAGUCUUAACCUAGGCUAACGUUAGCCUCCGAGACAUAAUGAAAAGUAUUUAUGCAUCUAGUACCAACAGAAAUAUUUUUGCGCUUUGUAAAUCGCAGCUGAAACGAAGACGGUGUAAAAUCAGCACAGCUGUGUUCAAUUCAUGUAGUCACGACGAAAACCUAUUUACUUGGUUAUUUACCCCAUUAAGAGCACACACAGGGGCUUUUAACGUAUGAGCAAAGGAAGACUGUUGCACUUGACAGCAAAGCGCUGUACGUUCAGUGGUUACCACAGGGAGGCGCUGCAGGCGCGUAUCAAACUUCAGGCUGAAGUCUUCCCCACGUAAGUUUUUCCAUCAACUCUGAGACUAAAUGCAACUGGACCAGGGGGCUUGUGGGCAUGAAGUGGCUUGGCGAAUCCAAGAACAUGGUAUUAAAUGGCAGACGACACAGAAACAAGUUGACAAGCGAGCAAACUGCAAACCAGAGCCAGACUCGCUCCCAGCAUUCCCAACGAAUGUCCCUGCGGCACAACAAAGCACACCCCCGAAACAGACGAUGUUCCCGCAGGUUUAAUGGAGCCAGUCUGGAGGGAGAGAGGCGCUACGUGCCCUCCUCAGGAAUGAGUGCCAAGGAGUUGUGUGAGAAUGAUGAUCUUACAACCAGCCUCAUCCUGGACCCCUACCUGGGCUUUCAAACACAUAAAAUGAACACCAGGUUUCGACCAGUUAAGGGGCGACAGGAGGAGCUGAAGGAAAUCAUCGAGCACUUCAAGAAACACGACAACCUGGAGAAAGCCUUCAGAGCUUUGACUACAGGCGACUGGUCCAGAAAUCUGUUUCUUCAUAAGACGAAAGCUCAAGAAAAACUCUUCAAGCAGCAUGUGUUUGUGUAUCUGCGCAUGUUUGCCACAGACAGUGGCUUCGAGAUUCUCCCCUGUAAUCGAUAUUCGUCUGAACAAAAUGGAGCUAAAAUUGUGGCAACCAAGGAAUGGAAAAGAAACGAUAAGAUCGAGUUUUUGGUAGGCUGCAUCGCAGAGUUGUCAGACGUCGAGGAGAAACUUCUGCUGCGUCACGGCGAGAACGACUUCAGCGUCAUGUACUCCACCCGUAAAAACUGUGCACAGCUGUGGUUGGGGCCCGCCGCCUUCAUCAAUCAUGAUUGUCGUCCAAACUGUAAGUUUGUGUCAACAGGUCGUGACACUGCCUGUGUGAAGGUCCUGAGGGACAUCGAACCUGGAGAAGAAAUCUCCUGUUAUUAUGGAGAUGGAUUUUUUGGAGAAAACAAUGAAUAUUGUGAAUGCUACACAUGUGAACGACGGGGCACCGGUGCUUUCAAAUCCAAGGCUGGGCUGCCAGUGGAGGUGCCAGUGAUCAACAGCAAAUACGGGCUCCGGGAAACAGACAAGCGUCUGAACCGACUGAAGAAACUUGGGGAAGGGAACCGAAGCUCAGACAGUCACUCUGUAGGCUCGCACACUGACGUGGACUCUCAGGAAAUGCCAAAAACACAUCAAUCUGCCAGAAAUAGAGCAUCAUCAUCAUCACCAUCUUCAUCUGAGCUGAAGUACAAAAACCGGACUCCCAGUAGACAGACUUUGUCCAGAGCCCUUUCUACCUCAUGUUCAAAACAAGGCCGCCUACACAACAGCAGGGUACCAAAGAGACUAAAAUCCCAAACCAAGCCUUCACUUAAUAAAGUCCAGUUGAGGUGUCGACGAAGGGCUGCUGUGACCAAGGUGUGGGCCAAAGGGGAGACUUGCCAGCUGGGUCUCAGGGACUCAAAGGUGUCACUUUGUAAAAGUGUCAACAUCAAAACGGAGAAGGACGGACAGGAGCUGGUGCAGCAGGCCCUGGGUCAGCGGGGCUGCCUCACUCGUCACGCCAUCAAGGAGAAUCUUUUAGCUGUGCAAACUAGCGAAGGUAGCCAAUGUUCCACAUACAGAACUCGCAGGUCCACCAGGACCUUGUUGAAAACCAGGGAAACAGGAGCUAGCGUCAGGUUAAAGCCCAGCUUGAGUCCGGUCCCAGGUGGGGUGGUGAUUAAGACGGAGCCUGCUGACAUGGAGGAGUACCUCCCUCACAGUGCUGGCUCCUCUAAGUCAAUGUUGGACUCUGGCUUUGCUAGAAGGGGCACCUGCACCAGGCGUAAGCGGCCGUCGCGGCUAAGGGCCGAACAAACUAUUAAACACGAAGGCUCGUACGGCGAGACCUUCGUGCCCGUGGCUGCCGGCCUCGCGGCUAACCACGCUGACUGUGAGAAGAUGCUGUUUGGCUUUGCAGAGAGACACCGGGACUACAAUGUGCUGGCCAAUGGCAGCAAGUCCCUGAGGCGGGACAAGGGUAAGAGUGGCUGUCGGUCACAGGAGAAGGGGAAGAAGAAGCGACAGAUCACACGCUAUGACGCCCAGUUGAUCCUGGAAAACAACACGCCAAACAGCAUCCCCAAACUCACGCUGCGCCGGCGGAGGGACAGCAGCAGCAGCAGUAAGACCAACGACCCCUACGACCCUUUCGUCUCCUCCAACCUUUCUGCUUCCACCGUUAACUCCGCCUCUUCCAGCAAAAUCAGCAUUAAGUUCAGCAAGGACCACGACAAAGACAAAGGCAGCUCGUACAUAGCCAAGCUGAACAACGGCUUCACUCCAGUGGGCCACGGCAACGCAACCAAGCUGAAGAUCCAGCUGAAGAGAGAGGACGAUGCCCGAAGGUUGUCCCAGAGCAGGGCGGAGCAGAUGUCCUACAACAGGGACGUGGCCCAGAGUCUGGAGGCCAGGAACGGGGGACAUCGGACCCAGAAUGUCCUGGCGGAGGCUUCGUCGGACGAGGACAAUGAGACCGGGGACGACGAUGACGACUAUUUUGACAAUGACUUUGAAGAUGAUUUCAUUCCACUUCCUCCCGCAAAGCGGCUCCGACUCAUCGUGGGCAAAGACUCCAUAGACAUUGAUAUCUCCUCCAGGAGGAGAGAGGAUCAGUCUCUGAGGCUCAAUGCAUAAGCUGUGGAGCAGUGGCUUCACCUCCAGCUGUAAAUACCUUCCACUCACACAUCAACUGUGCUUUUAUUUGUACAUGGGGAAAAAGUAAUUUAAAAAAACAGAAGUGCUGAAAAAUCAAGAAUCUGAGAGAACGUCACUGGAGGGUCCUGUUAGCUAACACAAAUCUGUUAUUCUGAAUUCUGUUCUGUUCCGUUGACUAAACUCUCCAAACUCCACUCCUCACAGCGCUCAAGUCAAAUCUGCCUCUUUGUUUUUGGUUCCAUGUAAAAAUGAGAAUUUAAGUUGAAACGUUCCUUUCAGCAGAAGCACUUGUUGUAUUCAUGAAAUACUUGGAAAUAUCAUGUAGAAAGUGUACAGUGGACAUACCAUUUCUGUCUCAUAGGCAGGUCGUCUUUUUCUUUUUUUAAUGUCUCAGUUUGUGGAUUUCAUAUUGAACCAUGAGGAACACGUGCUCUGUCGUGUCGUGGUGACAUUAAAAGGCAGCCAUGUUAGCAUCACCUCCCCUCUCUCCCCCCUUCAUUGUUAGCUUCCUGCUGUUGUCUCAGUCCAAGUCAGUCCUGUGGAAUUGUUGGUCCAUAUUGAAGCAGGAAACAUCCCGUUGACCACGGUCUGUGCUGCAGGUCACCAGGUGUUACUACAGGUACUGAAGAAACCAGCUGACCACCUCUGGUCCAGUCAAGAUUUCAAAUAGAACGUACAGAAAGACCACACUGUGGAUCAGUGGAUCGUGUUUAUAGUUCAGACCUCAGUGGGGACCCGUCCUCACAUUUUAGAGAACAUUCAUCAAAUGUUCAAAUGCCCCCCCAACCAUCCAAGGGUGUCCAUUGGCCUUUAUUUAAGUCCUUGUAAAGUCAACAAAAGGUCAAGAAUUCUUUAUUGUUGUCACACAGUGACGAUGACAGAAAAACUGUCGCCACAGAAAUACUUAUAAAACAUUACUGCAAAUAAAACAUUUGACAACAGUGACAUCACACUUGACCUGAAACUUUUGAAUUUGACCUUAGAAAUGAACAACAGAGGGGUCUGAAUGAGAAUCAGUUGGAUGAGUUAGCGGGUCAGUGUAAAGUCAAAACAACCACUGACAUGGUCACUGACGUGGUCACUGACACGGUCACUGUGAGUAUUUCUGUACACUGUUUGAUGUCAUGUGGACUCCUGUAAUCCAGCCCACACUUUAGAAAACAUCAGAACUUAUUUUAAUCAACAGUUCUGAUGUUCUAACCUCUUCAUAUCUCCCCCCCCCUCCCCCCCCGUGCUUCAACAGUCAAUGUCCAGGCUUAUGAUUGAUUCAGAAUUGGAAUAGUUCUGGGACGUUCCAGUGUUGACUGGGUGGUGGGAAAGAACCUGUCAAAGAAAAGGGUGAUGCAUAUAUUGUCCGAUAUGUAAAUCACGUGAACACAUCUUGUACUUAUUUAACAGUUUGGAAUACUUGAAAAAACUCUAUAUAAAGUUUCUUUGUGACUCUUG